AUGCCACGCUCCUCGUACUACAUAUUAGCUCUCCUGCUAUCAUCCAUAGCCACCUUUCUCUGGUUCUCAUCGGGCGUGAGAACCGCAACGACAACCCCAAUCUUAACUCUCACAUAUGGCUCCGGCUCCGGCUCAUGCACAUGUCCACUCAAUGACGCCGACCUCGAACCCAACACCACUCCCUCCUCGCCAGUAUCCAAUCCAUCCCCCCUCCUCCCCCCUCAAGGCAUCACGAUAGCCACACCCGAACCUAUCCCACUCCACUCCCAACCCGAACCACCUCAAUCUCAACGAUACUACCUCCCCUACACACCAACCCAUCACCUCACCGGCCUCCCCUUCCCCUCCAAACUCUGGCAAAAAGUCGGGCCCAACGGCAUCGACCAGGACCGCCAAAAAGACAUCCACUCCUGGACAACAACAAACCCCUCCCUCCGCCAUGAACUCCUCACAGACGGCAGCGCAGACCAAUACGUCCGCGACCAAUUCGCCAAAUUCCCCGACAUCAUCCACGUUUACACUGACCUGGCCGUGCCGAUCCUGAAAGCGGAUUUCCUGCGGCAAUUGAUCUUGUACGCGGACGGGGGCGUGUGGAGCGAUUUAGACGUAACAUGCCAUCAACCCAUCGACUCGUGGAUUCCGGCGAAAUACAAGGACAAGGCGAAUCUUGUUGUUGGGCUUGAAUUUGAUGGGAAUCAGUUCGCUAGCUGGACUGUUAUGGCGAAGCCGAGGGCGAAUCAUAUUGCUGCCGCGAUCGAUUAUAUCAUCGAUACGCUGGAGUAUGAAGCUGGGCUGGCUAAUACGACAAUUUCCGGACUUACCAUGAAGACCAUUAGUGAUGUGGUGCUUGUGACGGGUCCGCAGGCGAUGACGCGGGCGAUCUUGCAGAGUAUUUCUGUGGAGCUUGGGGAGAAGGUGGAUGGGGGGAAUGUGUCGAAUUUGCAGGAGCCGGUGUUGUUGCAUGAUGUGUUGGUUUUGCCGAAUGCGGCUUUUGCGGCUAUGCAGGGUGGCUGGCCGAAGGAUCAGGGGCCGUAUUUGGUUGAGCAUCAUUAUGCGGGGUCUUGGAAGAAUGAUCAGGGUGGGGAGAGUGGUGGUGGCAGUUCUGGUGCGCAGGAUCAGGAAGAGAAAGAGAAAGAGAAAGAGAAAGAGAAGGCUGAGAGUGAUGAUGGAGCAGUCAAGACUGAGGUUCGGGAGGAUGGGGAUUCAUGA